UCUCCAUCAGAGGACUGGGGUAACCUGCCCCACCACGUCGUCCUGAAGAUCUUCCAUCAUCUGUCCCUCAUAGACCGGGCCAGGGCCUCGUCCGUGUGCCACCGAUGGAAUGAGGUCUUUCACUCCCCCGACCUUUGAAGGAGGUUUGAGUUUGACUCCUACCUGCGCUCCACGCACCCUGACCUUAUUCGGCAGGUCAUCAUGAAGCACGCCCAGCACCUGCAGUAGGUCAGCUUUAAGGUGGACGGCUGCAUAGAGUCUGCAGAGGCGGCCUGUGACAUUCUCUCCCAGCUGGUGAACUGUACCAUUAAGACCUUGGGGCUGAUUUCCACAGCAUGGCCCCGCUUCAUGGAUGUGUCCCAGGCUCACUCUGUGUCUGCACUGACCGUGGUGUUUGUCAACUCCAAGUGCCUGUCCUCUAUCAAGAUUGAUGACACCCCAGUGGACGACCUGUCCUUGAAGGGGCUGGUUGCCAACAACAGGGACAAGCUCAAGCUGCUGAAGAUGAGCAGCUGUCCUCAUGUCUCCCUAAUAGGUAUCCUGUGUGUGGCACACCAGUGCAAUGCCCUCAGGGAGCUGGCAUUGAACUACCACCUUCUCAGUGAUGAGCUCCUGCUUGCUCUCUCCUCUGAAAAACACGUCCACCUGGAGCACCUGCGUGCUGAUGUGGUGAGUGAAAACCCCGGCCAGACGCACUUUCACACCAUUAAGAGGAGCAGCUGGCAGGCUCUGGUCCGACACUCGCCCAAGGUGAACAUCGUCAUGUACUUCUUCCUCUACGAGGACACUCCCGUCACCCACCUGUACUUCGGCCGGCCCGUCAGCAAAGAGAUGCUGGGCCGCAUUGGACUGAACUGCCCUCGGCUGGUGGAGCUGGUCGUGUGUGCCACCGGCCUGGGGCCCCUGGACGAGGAGCUGAUCCACAUUGCAGAUUGCUGCAGGAGCUUGACGGCCGUCGGGCUCGCAGAGUGCGCGGUGACCUGAAGUGUCUUUCUGGAAUUUGUGAAGAUGUGCGGGGGCAGGCUGACUCAGAUGUCAAUCAUGGAGGAGGUGCUGAUCCCAGACAACCGCUACAACAUGGAACAGAUCAACAGCGGAGUGUCCAAGCACCUGGGUCGCAUGUGGUUCCCUGAUAUGAUGCCCACCUGGUAGGAUGGAGCCGGAGAGGAGGGCUGGUAAUGCAGUACAUGACUUUCCUGUAUUAAAUGAGGUAUUUAAUCAGUGUGUCCACAGCUACACAUCGUACUGUGGAGCUGUUGUAAAGCUUGUGUAGUGCUCUUUUUGGAUAAGCAGUUGGUGAGAGACAGGUUCUCUUACAUCAGUGUUCUUGGCGGGGUUUCUAGAAGUUCACUGGUUCAUUCUGAUGCUGUCGCUUCUAUUUUUUAUUUCUGUCUGGCUUUCUCCUGAGCACUCAGCUUUCUUUCGACGCAUAGAUUUCUCCAUGUGAACUUUUGGACGUGUUUUCAGACUCUCUCAGGUCGUGAAGGAGAUUUGAAUUUGCAUUCGCUCACUGCAACCUGCCAACCAUUGUGUGUGAAGGACGUGGAUCUGCCAUCUGCUGACUGCUCAUGUUUAAAGCAUCAAACUUUAUCAUUUUUCCUGAACAGCAUCUCAUUCAAGGUCUUACCUUAUGGUUACAAUAUGUUAUUUAGUUAAUAUGAUAUUCUCCCCUCACUAUUGACAUUGAUUUGAAAUCCAUUGAAAUUUACAUCUACAGCUUAUUCUCUACGCUUAUAGACUGAAGUUAAUGUCAGUCCAGUAAAUGUGUCCAGUUGUUCUCCAAAGACAGUAAAGACAGUGACCAUGAAACAGUGUUCUUUCUUCUAAGUUGUUAUUACAGGUUAUCAUCAUUAAUAUGCAGGACAUGAAAUUAAUGACAUUGAAAUUGAUUGAAGAGUCAUUUUAAAGUUUAAAAAAAAAGAUUGUUUCUGGUCUUUAUUUUUUAACUUUCCUGGUAAUCUAGGAAUCCUGGUUGAAACAUAUGUUCUCAAGACUUGAUCUUUUUACAUUGUUUUAAGUUUAAAAUAGAGGCCUUUGUGUCAAAUACCUGUUCAUAUCAUAUUUUCAUGUUACAUUCUUUUUUCUACCCUAUUGUACAAAUGUAUUUUAAGAAAAAUAUGACUAAAACAGGCCUACACAGUAUGUGGUGCUGCAUUGUGCCACAUGGAAUAUUAAAACCCUACAGAUUGUAUUUAUUAAUUAAAUGUAAAAUAUGUAUCAUGUACGUUUACAUGGUUUUCCUGUAUAUACAGCAGUUCGCUCAGGUCUGCUUCUGUGUAACUGCCAUUUAACUCACACUUUUGAUCCUCAGUAAAAAUGUGGUUGAUUCACUUGUGUGUCCUCGUGGCUCAGAUGCACUGAAGCCUUGUCUGAUGUGUUUUUCUGACUUUGUCCCAUUUGACCUUUCUGCAGCUCUUAGUUUCCAGCAGUAGAUGGCAGCAGUGGUCUUCCUGGAGUCAGUGGGACGUUAUAUAAGCAGAGCUGCUGCUGCUGCUGUAUAAUGAAGUACCAGCAUGCCAAUGAUAACUCAGCCCUUUUAACAAGUGGAUUCGGCUUGUGAACACUCCAUUUCCAUAAGGAAAGCAUCAUAGUCUGCAGCUCAGGAGCCUUUUUCUUCACAUUCUUUUGAAUUUACCUUUUUACUUGUUACAUGUCACACACAAACACAAACGUACGCACACAGGCACCUUUGAAGGAAACAUUGUUUCUUCAUCUAUUCCACAAAUGUAUGAGUUUUACAACCAAACUCAUCACAGGCCCAGCCUAUGAAAAUACAUAUUUUUUCAUUCAGGCAAAUUAAAUUGAAAAAUCUGGGCGUCUGCCUCAGUGACAGGAUGCAUUGCGACUGUUUGGGGUAUCUAGGUGAGCGGAAUACAUUAAACCAGCUAAGCAUUUUGUUCUGGGAAAGUGGCACUUUUUUGGAGGGGUGGGUGGCAUAACUAAUUGGGUUACCACCGUUCUCAGAAAACCCAUCAGGAAAGUAACAGGCUUAUGUGUUCACUGUGGCAGCUUGUUAUGAUGAGAAUAAAGAGGAGUGGGCCUGCCUGCCAUUUGUCGAGCAGUUUAUUACAAAACGCACACAUCACAUUGAUCGAUGAUUUGCCACAAGUUGAAGAAGAAGAGGAGUGAUUCUUUCUAACUGCAUUUAUGUAA